GUGUUUCUCCAGCACUCUGUGCGUGUGUUUCAGAUUCUCAGCAAUGCUGGGAUAUUGAGUAGUCUGCUGCCUGGCGGGCGCUCAGAGGCCGGGAACAGCGAUGUAAGGUUCAAUGUUCGAGGCUCGAGUGUGGAAAACGCCUCUGUCCCCACCCCCUGAGAGAACUCCUCUAUAAAAAUACCUCGCCUGCUGCAGUUCCCACUAACUUUGCUUACCAUCUGCUCCCCCAGGCACCCAGAGGGAAUAAAAGACAGUGUGGAUUUUAAAAAGAGGGGGCUUUGGUGCUGGGGGAGAACAGAGGAAGUCUGAGCCCCUGACUGAGUGAAUUUGGAGGGGAUUGAGGAUGGUCCGGGAGCUGCAGCGCCCCUCUUUCUGGAAAGCGGUCCUGGCUGAAUUCCUGGGGAUGACCAUCUUCGUCUUCCUGAGCACCGGCUCGGCCACCAAGUGGACCCCCAGCGGAUACCCCGCGGACAUCGUCCAGAUCUCCCUGACCUUCGGCUUGGCCAUUGCCACCAUGGCACAGAGCCUGGGGCACCUGAGCGGGGGGCACCUGAACCCAGCGGUGACCCUGGGGCUGUUGGCCGGCUGUCAGGUCAGUCUGCUGCGGGCUCUCCUCUACAUCGCCUCGCAGCUCCUGGGCGCGGUAGCUGCCAGCGCUCUACUCCUGGGGGUCACUCCCGCAUCCAGGAACAGCACCCUCGGACUCAACGCUGUGAGUACCUUCACCCUUCUUAAAGCGGUAAACACCACCGGGAGCUGGUGGGGACCACAGAGAGCGCGGGGGGCUGGGCUGGAGAAUGUCUCCCUUGAGCGGGGAUGUCAUUGCGCUAGGGUGGAAAUGUCAGUUUAG